AUGUCUUUGGGACGUCCUGUAUGGAAAGCCACACGUGCUGCCAUCCAAACAUUAUUAUCCAAGGAUACACCAACGUUGCGAGAGAAUGAAGCACUUGUAAAGAAAGUCUUGAUUCCUUUGAAGGAUGUUACCAUGCAUUUACCAGCUAACAUUGGUGAUUACACUGACUUUUACUGUUCUCGCGAUCAUGCCACCAAUGUAGGUAUUAUGUUUAGAGGAAAAGAGAAUGCUCUCCAACCCAACUGGCUCCAUAUUCCUGUGGGUUACCAUGGACGUGCAUCUUCGGUGGUGGUUUCUGGUACAGAUAUUCGUCGUCCCGCUGGACAGAAACUUCCAGCGAAGGAUGCUAAAGCGCCCGUUUUUGGCCCUUCCUCAAGAUUGGAUAUCGAAUUGGAAGUGGGUUGGUUUGUUGGCACAGGAAACAAAUUAGGAGACCGCAUUGACAUAAAAAACGCACGGGAUCAUAUAUUUGGUCUCGUUCUUGUGAACGAUUGGAGCGCCCGUGAUAUUCAAGCUUGGGAAUAUGUUCCUCUGGGUCCUUUCUUGGGAAAGAGCUUUGGUACCACCAUUUCUCCUUGGAUUGUUACUUUGGAUGCUCUUGAGCCAUUCCUCGUGGACGGUCCGGAUCAAUCGACACCUCAACCUUUGCCCUAUCUUCAAGAGCAACAGCCUGCCGCCUAUGAUGUAGAGUUACAAGUGCAAAUCAAACCAAAUGAGUCAUCCAAAUUCGAGACCGUGGCGGUGACAAAUCUCAAGCAUAUGUAUUGGUCUAUUACACAGCAGUUAGCACACCACACAGUCAAUGGCUGUAAUAUGAGACCGGGUGACAUGGGCGCAACAGGGACCAUCUCUGGACCAGAAAAAGGAUCGUACGGCUCCCUGUUAGAACUUACCUGGAGCGGUCAAAACAAGAUUAACUUUGAAAACGGCGUUGAACGUCUCUUUUUACAAGAUGGCGAUGAAGUGAAACUCACCGGUAAAGCCAAGAAUGGCAACGUGGGCUACCAUAUUGGUUUCGGUGACUGCAGUGGCAAAAUCCUUCCUUGUCUCUUUUCUGAAUGA